CGUUCCUUACGCAAUCUCUGUCAAGCCGGUGGAUAACUGCGUGAAUUGAACUUCAGUGCUUUGAUAAUUUCUUGUCAGUUUUCUUCGUUAAAUAUUUUGUACAGGCUAGGGCAGUCAAUAACGAUGUUCGCAGCUAGACGUACUCUCGUUUCCUCCGCUCUACGCAGCAAAGAUGCCAUUGUCAGGCAGAAACAUUCGCUCCCAGAAUUGCCAUAUGACUAUAGAGCAUUGGAGCCUAUUAUCUGUGCUGAAAUUAUGGAGUUGCAUCAUUCAAAGCAUCAUGCUACUUACGUGAAUAAUUUGAACAUUGCUGAAGAAAAAUUGAAAGAAGCUGUAGGCAAGGGAGAUGUGAAUACUCAGAUUGCUGUGGCACCAGCCUUGAAAUUCAAUGGUGGUGGACAUCUCAAUCAUUCUAUUUUCUGGCAAAACUUGUCUCCAAAUGGUGGCAAACCUGAUGCUGCUCUCAUGAAACAGAUCGAGAAAGAUUUUGGUAGUUUUGAGGAGUUCAAGAAGCGAUUGUCCGAGAGCACUGUAGCUGUUCAAGGUUCUGGCUGGGGCUGGCUGGGUUAUAAUACAAAGGAUAAGAGAUUAGAAAUUGCAACCUGUGCCAAUCAAGAUCCUUUGCAAGCUACUACUGGUUUGGUGCCCUUGUUUGGCAUUGAUGUCUGGGAACAUGCAUAUUACUUGCAGUAUAAAAAUGUUCGUCCUGAUUAUGUUAAGGCAAUAUUCGACAUUGCCAAUUGGAAUGACAUCAGUACACGCUUCAAGAAGGCAGCUGGUUGUUAAAAUAUCACUAAUAUGCAUUAUGUGUACCCUUUGUCUUGUAAAAUGUCAUUAUUGAUACUGUAGUCACCUAUAGGUGCCUAAUUCUUUGUAAACCUUUAUGUUUUCGCUGGAAAACAGUUUUAGAAUAAGCAAUCUAUUCGAUGUAUAUUGCUCUUAUGUAUUGCAUAUGUCAUAUGCAUUAAAUACACUCAAAGCGAUAGAAAA